AGCGCGUUCAGCAUUCGCAGCUUUUUGGCUCUAGCGCGUGCCGUCCUGCGUCGGAGUCUGCGCGGAAGGCGCUGGUAGCGCGGAGAGGUGAGGCGCUGGCCAUGGACUACCGCGCGGCGGUGAUGAGCCGGGCCGUGCCGGGACAGUUCGAUGACGCGGAGUCCUCUGAUAGUGAAUAUACACAGGACAUCAAGACAACUAAAGAAGAGGCAAUAAAGGUGGAAAAUCAGCAGCCACAUUUGAAUGAGGAAGUGGACACUGAUGAACUAGAGAAUGACGACGACGAUGAGGAGGAUGAAGACUGGGACUGGGAUGAUGCAGCUGGGAGACUCACCAAGCGGCACACUACUAUUGGAGGGUGCAACCCACAGGCAAAUAGACAGACCCCUAGUUGCAAUUCAGCAAAAAUGUCCACUCCUACAGACAAGGCUUUAAGAAAAUUUGAGCAUAAAAUUAAUCUAGAUAGGCUAAAUCUGGACGACUCUGUUAUAAACAAAGUCACAGAAAAAUCUAGACAAAAGGAAGCAGACAUGUAUCGAGUCAAAGAUAAAUCAGAUAGAGCAACAGUAGAACAGGUAUUGGAUCCAAGGACCCGAAUGAUCCUGUUCAAGAUGCUAACAAGAGGUGUCAUAUCAGAGAUAAAUGGCUGCAUCAGCACAGGAAAAGAAGCUAAUGUAUAUCAUGCCACUACAGCAGAUGGAGAAAACAGAGCAAUAAAAAUUUAUAAAACCUCUAUUCUGAUGUUUAAAGAUCGGGAUAAAUAUGUGAGUGGAGAAUUCAGAUUUCGUCACGGAUAUUGUAAAGGAAACCCGAGAAAAAUGGUGAAGACGUGGGCAGAAAAGGAGAUGAGGAAUUUAAUAAGAUUGAAUACAGCACAGAUACCUUGCCCAGAGCCAGUUAUGCUAAGGAGUCACGUGCUUGUCAUGGGUUUUAUCGGUAAAGGCGACAUGCCUGCUCCUCUGUUGAAAAAUGUUCAGUUAUCUGACUCAAAAGCCCGGGAGUUGUAUCUGCAGAUCAUACAGUACAUGAGAAGAAUGUACCAGGAUGCCAGACUUGUUCAUGCUGACCUCAGUGAAUUUAAUAUGCUAUACCACAAUGGGGAGGUGUUCAUCAUUGAUGUAUCCCAGUCAGUGGAGCACGACCACCCACAUGCUUUAGAAUUCCUCAGGAAGGACUGUGCCAAUAUCAAUGAUUUCUUCCAGAAGUACGAUGUUGCAGUGAUGACUGUGAGAGAACUGUUUGAAUUUAUUACAGAUCCUUCCAUCACAAGUGAGAACUUGGAUGCUUAUCUAUCAAAGGCAAUGGAAGUAGCAUCCCAAAGGACAGAGGAAGAAAGGUCCAGUCAAGAUAAAGUGGAUGAGGAGGUAUUUAAGAAAGCUUACAUACCUCGAACCCUGACCGAAGUUAAAAACUAUGAAAGGGAUGUUGAUAUCAUGAUAAAACUGAAGGAAGAGGAUAUGGCAUUAAAUAUUCUCUACCAGACUGUGACGGGAAUGAAGAAAGACUUAUCUGGUGUUCAGGAGGUUCCUGCACUCCUUGAAAAAGAAGUAGAGGAGGAAGCAAACUCAGAUUCAGAAGACAAUGGCAGUUCAGAGGAUUCCGAUUCAGGCUGCAAAGAAGAGGGAGAGCUCCAUCCCAAAGAUCAACCCACUGAAUCUGGCCUCGAUAAAAAGGAAAGGAAAAAGAUGGUUAAAGAAGCCCAAAGAGAAAAAAGGAAAAACAAAAUCCCAAAGCAUGUGAAGAAGCGGAAAGAAAAGACAGCAAAAAUGAAGAAAGGCAAAUAAAUCAGCUUUGAUGUUUUAGUAGCAAGGUGGAAAUUACAGCUGAUUGAUCUCCUUCAGUUUUUUUAUAUUUUUACUUUGUGUUGAGAGAAACUCUGAAUUCACCUUGAUUGUGGGUUUUUGAUGGGAUGCAGUGUGUACUGCAGACUGGAUUGAGUACUCCUGUGUAUAUGUAAAGCCUUUACCAUAAUGUGGUAGCUCUUCUUCCACUUUGUGAACUGUGCAGAAGAGGGAAAUUCUUUAUGGUAUUAACCCAAUACAAAAGAAGAGAAAUAUGCAAUUUUGUAUGUUUCUCUUUCAAGCAGAGGAAAAUCUUAAUAGUGGUAUGGAUAUCCAGUUUUAUGCCACUGACAUCAUGAUCUGCAUUUUUCAUUCUUGUAGGGCCUGAAGAUAGGCCCACAAAUCCUUAUUCAGAUGCCUGCAGAAGAGUCUGAUCCCAGUAAAUUUCAGUGGCAAAACUGCCAUUAACUACUAUGGAUUUUACUUUGAAUAGCCUCUUUUUCCUGCUUCCCACCCCCACCUCCCAAGGUACUAGGUGCUAUGAAUGAUAAGCAUCUCUGAAAAACCAAGCUGCAUAUUUAGGUCUCUAGAUAUGAGGUCAAGUACCUGGUAUUAGUGACCUCUGAAGUUUAAAAAUGUUGAUACAAUUUUUAAGUACUUCAGUGAGAAAUUCUCUACCAGCUAAGACUCAUUUCAUAUGGUUAAUGUCAGCUGACUGCCAGCUGCUAAGAAGUGUCAUCUCUUCUUUAGCUUCUAAGAAUUCUUCAAUGUCAAUGGCUAACCCACUGCAGCUGUCUUUCAGUGCUCGUUGAGUCUUUUAGUGGUACAAUUUUAACAUCCAGAUGUUCAUCUUUACUGAGGUUACAACUUAAACGGUGGCUUCUUUGUUGCUGUGGCUUUGCACCAUCCAUCUAUGAAAACAAAACUUGUUAUAUUGUUGCUAAAAUAAUAUUUCAAAAUACAAGCAUAAUGCUUUGUUACCAGUAUCCUUUUAAAAACAGAUUUUAAUCGGGUUCUAAAGCCCAAUUAACAUGACUCUUAAGCAGAUGCGGUACAAAGCUUAUUUAAUUAAAGUUGCUUUCAUUCUCCUCUCUGGCUAAAUGAAUAACACAAAUAUAAGCAUUUGGUUCAAACAACUGUGCUGCAUUAUAUUUUAAGUUUGUAAAUGAUGCUACGUUUUCAUUAAAAGCACUUGUCAUGUGCCACACACAGGUAUGCUGCAAGGUAGCCACAUCUGAUGCAGAGUCUAGGCCUGCAGAGUCCUCGGUACCCACAGCUCCUAUUCUCCAUUGACUCAGAUAAGCAAGGCCUAAAAACUUAGUCUAUUCAACUUGCUGUACUUCCAUCUCCUGCAACCAAGCUCUGUUAAGGGGUUUCAUGCAGGGCACCCUUUCCCCACUGAGAAUUUAGGCUAAAAUCUUGAAUGGCAUCCAAGAGGAGUAAACAUAAGUGAUGUCUACACUUAUACUAUCUAGAGUAACAGUGUGCUUGGGAUAUUACCCCUGGGAUUCAAGAUGUGAGCCAACAGCUAACCAUCUGGACUUGUGGAAUUGGGGGGGGCUUUCCCUAAUGGGCAUAUUGUUUGCAUAUAGUUGAAGAUAGUAGGUUUUUAAAAUUCCUUGCUACUGUACUCGGGUGUGCCAUGUGCUUCAUUGAGGGAAAGUUGGGUGCUGGACUUAACAAAUCUGACCUGACUUGGCUUGGGAAUUUAUAUGACACUCCAGUUCUACAUGAGUUAAGCCAGGUCAUAUUCCAUCUUGCUCAAGUAUAUGAGAAACAACACAAAACAUGGUUGGGUUGUCUUGCUCUUUACUUUCUGCCUCUUGGCAUUAAGGCUAAGAUAAAAGUGUGUUACAAAAGUAGAGGCUUUGGUGGCUUGAGCAGGGUGAAAUAGGAUCAUGCUGAAGCACCUGAAGCCAGUUGAACUAGAGGUGGAAUAAAAUCUGGUCCCUUGCCUUA